GAAGUUUUCAUUAGAAGAGAGAAAGGAGAGUUUACUUAGUAUGGAGGAUCCUAAAAGACUCGAAGAAGGGUCUCGUCAUGCUCCAAUUCGGGCUGGUGAAAAGGUUGAAGAUACGACGGAGCUAAGUGUAGACAAGAGCGAAAGAGUAACAACAGAACAAAACGAACCGCAUGGUGAUGAAAACCCGAUUUUGUUGAAGAAAACCAGUAAGAGGGUUGCGACUUUGGAUGCGUUUCGAGGUCUUACCAUUGUACUGAUGAUAUUAGUAGAUGACGCCGGAGGUGUAUACGAGCGAAUAGAUCAUUCACCGUGGAAUGGGUGUACCUUGGCCGAUUUCGUGAUGCCAUUCUUUCUCUUCAUUGUUGGUGUUGCAAUUGCCCUUGCUCUCAAGAGGGUUCUGAAUAUGAAGUCCGCGGUGAGAAAGAUCAUCAUAAGAACAUUGAAGAUGUUGUUUUGGGGAAUUCUGUUGCAAGGAGGGUACUCUCAUGCACCUGAUGAUUUGGAUUAUGGCGUAGAUAUGAAGAAAAUUAGAUGGUGUGGCAUCCUUCAGAGAAUUGCAUUAGUGUACAUGAUUGUAGCUCUAAUAGAGACUUUUACAACAAAGCUUAGACCAACAACCAUAGAGUCGGGUCAUUUCUCUAUUUUCACAGCUUAUAGAUGGCAAUGGCUUGGAGGAUUCCUGGCGUUUCUUAUAUAUGUCAUCACAACCUUCACUCUAUAUGUUCCCAACUGGAGUUAUACAAUACACCAUCACCAUAAAUCCGAGACUUUCACGGUUGAGUGUGGUAUGAGAGGGCAUCUAGGUCCUGCUUGUAAUGCGGUUGGUUAUGUUGACAGACAAGUUUGGGGUAUCAACCAUCUUUACUCACAACCUGUAUGGAUUCGAUUAAAGGCCUGCACACUUAGUUCUCCGGAAUCUGGUCCUCUCCGUCCAGACGCCCCCAAUUGGUGUCGAGCUCCAUUCGAGCCCGAAGGCCUAUUGAGUUCAAUCUCAGCAAUUCUAUCUGGUGUAAUUGGCAUUCACUAUGGACAUGUUUUGAUCCACUUCAAGGGCCAUGCAGAGAGGUUGAAGCAAUGGGUCUCAAUGGGGGUUGGGUUGCUAAUCAUUGCAAUUCUUCUUCAUUUUACUGAUGCAAUACCUAUAAACAAGCAACUCUACAGUAUCAGCUAUGUUUGUUUCACCGCAGGAGCUGCCGGAAUCGUAUUCUCAGCUUUUUACAUCUUGAUUGAUGUUUGGGGUAAACGAACUCCGUUUUUGCUUUUUGAAUGGAUUGGAAUGAACGCAAUGCUGGUUUUCGUUCUGGGAGCGCAAGGCAUUUUGGCAGGAUUUGUAAAUGGAUGGUACUACGACAGCGCUGAUAAUAAUCUGGUAAACUGGAUACAAGAUCAUGUUUUCAUAGACGUUUGGAACUCUGAAAGAGUUGGGUCACUUUUAUACGUGAUAUUUGCUGAGAUUACGUUCUGGGGAGUGCUUUCAGGGAUACUACACAAACUUGGUAUAUACUGGAAACUUUAAAACAGUUUUGUACUUUAAAAUAUUUGGUAUUGAACAAUAUGUGCUUGUAAAAAUUUGGAAAUUGUGUAGUAUAUUUACGAAAUUCCAUGUUUUUUGCU